AUUAAUAAUUCAAAAAUUAUGUGAAUUUAAUUCCAAUUCAAGUUCAAUUUUGAUCCUUACCAUUUUUGUCUACUUCACAGUUCUAAAAUUACAAAAAUGAAUGUACUGUGCAACUCGUUCUUGCAAACUCGCGGGAGUUCGCCUGCAGCCGUGGAUCAUCUCCAGCCGUUGAGCAACUCAAUGCUUUUUUCCCUUCUCUCCGUCAUUGUCGGCAAAGCUCCGUCGCCGUUAACCCGAGUUUCCUCUCUUCCUUUCCGUUCUCUUCUAGCAUCUGCCGCGCGACCGGCUGUUUGGAGACGGCUAAGUUUGAUGGCUAGUAAGCUUCCGAGAGAAGGUUCCUCGGCCGCCGUCGAUAAAAUCGGAAAAGCUAUGAACUCCGAUCUCUCCGGUGGGUGGGAAAGAUGCUGGGAAGAAGGAAUAACACCAUGGGAUCUGGGAAGACCCACACCAAUUCUUCAACACCUUAUUGAGACAAAAUCCAUUGCUAAUGGUAGAGCUCUAGUCCCUGGAUGUGGCGGGGGUUAUGAUGUGGUGGCACUUGCAUCACAAGAGCGUUAUGCUAUUGGACUGGAUAUAUCGGAAGUUGCCAUCAAUAGAGCAAGACAGGUGGCAGCAUCAUCCCCAAAUGUAAAUUACUGUUCUUUUCUGCUAGAAGACUUCUUUACAUGGGAGACAAGUGAUCCCUUUGAUAUCAUCUUUGAUUACACGUUUUUCUGUGCAAUUGAGCCUAAUUUGCGCUCUGCAUGGGCGGCUCGGGUGCGAGAUCUCUUGAAACCUGAUGGAGAGCUCAUAACCUUAAUAUUUCCGAUUGAUGAUCAUGAGGGUGGUCCCCCUUAUAAAACAUCUGUUGCAGAAUAUGAAGAGGUAUUGCACCCAGUUGGUUUCCUGGCAACAUCCAUUGUGGAUAAUGAGCUUGCAGUCGGACCUCGUAAGGGAAGGGAAAAGCUUGGGAGGUGGCGAAUGAUAAGACAAGCUUCUGCACUAUGAGGAUAGGGUAGUUGAUUGAAUCUUUUGAUGCUCGUAUGUAGCUCCAGCUGCAACCACGGUAAACCACCACGAUCACAUCAAGUCUUAUGCUUGCAAUAGGGAUUGGGGGGGGGAUCAGAUCAAGUCUUAUGCUUGUAAACACGAUUCACCUUGACAUAAAAAAAAGUGAAAAACAAAGCAUUUGUCUAUCUAUAUUCACAUCAAUUAGAAUUGGCCAACAGGCUCCCUGUGUCCCAAAAAUACUUGUUUGUUUUUCUUUGGUCCGUAUUAGAAAGAGGUUCAUGUUUGUGAAGAGGCUUGUUCCUUCUUUGUGAAGAACAGAUGGGGAGUCUAGCUUGAAUGGCGUAAGGCCGUCCUCCUUCUUGCUGCAUGAAGAAAAUAUUCAGAUGAUAGAGACACGUGCUGAAUCUGGGAGCUAUGAAGUCCGAUAUCAAUGGAAUAAGUUGAUAUCAACACCCAUUGUAUUGUAUCUUCAGAGUUGGAAGUGAACCCUUUUUGUCUUCACCAAAUGCCAAUUUUGAAGAAUUAGAUCAGGAAUAUCAAAACACAUUCCACAUUCUUAAACAAUUCAAAACGGCAUCAUAUGAAUAUGUUUUUAAAGCUGCUUGAGCCAAAACGACGUCCUUGAGUUCGACAGAAAAAAAUCAGGUGGAGUUGG